GCAUGUCUUCCAAGCCAGAGCAGAAGGAGACCCACCAGGCCAAUGGGGCUGUGCUACCCAUUGUGCCCGUGGACUGUCUCACCAGUCCGGACCGGGGGCAGCUGGUGGAGCCCUCGGAUUUCCUGGGACCCGAUAGUGAUGGGGUAGAAGUGGUGGUGUUGGAGUCCCGUGCCAAUGCUAAAGGAGUGCGAGAAGAAGAUGCCUUGCUGGAAAAUGGUAGCCAGAGCAAUGAAAGUGAUGAUACCAGCACAGACCGAGGUCCUGAGGCAGCCUUGCCCCUCAAGGAGACCUCCUUUUCCAUCGGGCUGCAAGUCCUCUUUCCGUUCCUCCUGGCAGGCUUUGGGACAGUUGCUGCUGGAAUGGUGCUUGACAUUGUGCAGCACUGGGAUGUCUUCAAAUACGUGACUGAGGUAUUUAUCUUAGUACCUGCAUUACUGGGCCUGAAGGGGAACCUAGAGAUGACUCUGGCAUCUCGCCUGUCGACAGCUGCUAAUAUUGGCCAAAUGGAUACUCCCAAAGAGCUCUGGAAGAUGAUAACGGGGAACAUGGCUCUGAUACAGGUUCAAGCUACUGUGGUUGGCUUCCUGGCCUCGAUUGCAGCGGUGAUAUUUGGAUGGAUCCCAGAUGGGCACUUCAGCAUUGACCAUGCUGUCCUGCUUUGUGCCAGCAGUGUGGCUACUGCUUUCAUUGCUUCCCUUGUUCUGGGCAUGAUUAUGAUUGGGGUCAUCAUCGGAUCCAGGAAGAUGGGGAUCAAUCCUGAUAACGUCGCCACACCAAUUGCUGCCAGCCUGGGUGAUCUCAUCACCCUGGCUCUGCUUUCAGGAAUCAGCUGGGGCUUGUACAAAGAGCUGGAGAGCAAAGCCUAUGUGAAUCCUUUGGUAUGCGCCUUCUUCAUAGCUCUGCUGCCCAUCUGGAUCAUCAUUGCCAAGAAGAAUGCAGCAACUCGGGAGGUGCUGUACUCUGGCUGGGAGCCAGUCAUUAUUGCAAUGGCUAUUAGCAGUGUUGGGGGUUUAAUUUUGGACAGAACGGUCUCAGAUCCAAACUUUGCUGGGAUGGCUGUCUUCACACCAGUUAUUAAUGGUGUGGGUGGCAACCUGGUGGCAGUGCAGGCUAGUCGCAUCUCCACUUACCUGCACAUGAGCGGGAUGCCCGGAGAGAGCUCCGAAACAGCCCCUCGCAAGUGUCCCAGCCCUUGCAGCACUUUCUUCAGCUCAGAUGUGAAUUCUCGUUCUGCUCGUGUGCUCUUUCUUCUGGUGGUGCCUGGACACUUGGUUUUCCUUUACACCAUCAGCUCCAUGCAAGGUGGACACACUACGCUCACCCUGAUUUUCAUAGUCUUCUACAUGACAGCUGCGCUUCUCCAGGUUCUCAUUCUUCUGUACAUUGCUGACUGGAUGGUGCACUGGAUGUGGGGCAGGGACCUCGAUCCUGACAACUUCUCCAUCCCAUACUUGACAGCGCUGGGGGACCUGAUUGGAACAGGUCUCCUCGCUCUCAGCUUUCACAUCCUCUGGCUCAUUGGUGACCGGGACUCCGAUGUGGGAGACUAGCUCUCCCUGCCCACCCCCGUUCCCACAGCUCUCCUCCUCCUCUCAUUUUGUUGUUGUUGUUUCUUUUCCUCCACCCUUGCUCUCCUUUGCUUCAUUCCCUCCACCCUGUCUCUCUUGAGACUUCAUCUUUGAUACUGGAUUCUCAUUAUUUUCAAUGGGAAUUUUAUGUGGUUUAUAUUUCAAGCCAAGUUUGUACAGAAAAUAAAUCUAGUUUUAGGAAGGACAAAAAAAAGUGUAACGAGACAAUCACCAAGUGCAAUUUUGUAGUAGUAAUGUCUGAACCAAGGUUACAGUGAAGAUACUGGUCAGUUGGAUCCCGCAGGGAGCCCACCCUGUCCCAGUCACUAGAGGUGAAGGGCUGCUUUUUUCGCUUCAUAAGCGUUUUAAAUACUGGAGGUGAGGUUCAGAUUUAUUUUACUGAACAGGCACCUCCUAGCAAAGUACAACCUCAUGGAUGAGGGCAUGGGGUACCUACUGUCUUCUCUGCCCUGUCGCCCUCCUCCUUCGUGUCCGCUCUCUGAAUCCCCCUCCUGUGCCUAGCAUCCAAAGCACGCGAGUCUCUGUUAGAGGGAUUAGCAAAGAUGGCAAGGAAGGAUCCUCUGCCGAAACACUCGUUCCUAUGUGCCCGCAAGGAAAGUGAGUGAUCUCGGGUUUGAGGACUGCAGAGCCCUGAAAUCUGGCUUUGAGCAGGCUGGUCUCUGCUGGCAGAUUUGGGGCCCCUUUUGCCAGCCUUUUGCAGCAUCUCAAACUGCGGACUACUUGUUCUGCCUCUCAUCCUGAACUGAGUUCAGCGACUGCUGUGUGCAAAGGGAUAUGCUCUGUGCUUUGAAGAGGCUGUGAGCUCUCCCCAUCUGUCCUCCUCCCCUUGGGCCUGACAGAGCUCUGCUGGAGGAUCUGCUGGAGCCGUCGUGGAUGCUGAGUGCAAGCCUCUGCUUCAUGCUGCUAUGAGCACAACACUAUUUUCAUGGCAGCCUGCUCAGUUCAGUUGUCUUUUUCUUUCCUGGAGGUGCGGAUGGAAAAAUAGAUCCUAUUUUGUGCAUUAAGAUUUUCUUUUAGUUGGUGAGUGCUGCUGAGGGGCCCGCUGCAGCUGGGAAGAAACCACCCAAUACCUCUCUCGGUUGAGGCUGAGGCAUUUCAAACUUGGGAGCGUUGGGCUCUUGGUGUCCCUUAGGAAAGGACAUCUGUGUUCAGCCACUGGAUUUCUCUGUAUGUGUAGGCACCAGCUGGAAAACAGGUCAGCGGGUGCAGUCUGACUUCUGAAACCCUGGUUCUUAGUGCAGCUCUGUACCAGGCUCUAGCAAAAGAACCCGCUUGCCCUUGAGCAGGCGUGUAAAAUCUGGCAUCAGGGUUACAGCCCAGUGUGCAAGUGCUGGCCGAGCACUGCGAGUGCAGGGUUCCCUCCCUGCUCCCUUUCUUUCCUCUCUGCUUUUUGUGCUGUUCAGCUCUGUGAUGGCUGAGAUCCCUCCUCUUCCAUGGUUAGUGCACGUUGGACGGGCUCUCACGCAGUCUGCUGCAGCGUAAUGAGAGAAAACCUGUUCUGGCUGUGUGACUGAGGCAUUUGUAAAUGAUCUUCCUGAACGCUGUUGACGCUCAACGCUCUUUAGUUUUCCCAUUUGGAUAUAAAUCAAUUCAGUAAACUGAGUGCAGUUUGAUGUAAGGAGGUCUUAUUGACUUGGAAACUUCACCCAGUUACACCAAGUUUAAAUGAUGUGCUCAAGCAGACAGUGCUAUUAAACAGGCUCUAAUGCAUGGAUAUAAAUUCAAUGCAUAAGCGUGCACAGGGUGAAAGCUCUUAACAACUGUCAAGGAUGGGAAAAAUACAGUAUAUGCCAUGGAGCCUGAUUUCAGUGCUGCAGUGCGCAAAGCUUGGGGAGCUGCCAGUAUCUUCCCAAACGCCGCAGGAAUGCCUACAGUAUUCAGCAUAGUAGCACCUCGCAUCCUGGUCCUGAAAUGACAGCAGAGCUCUCAUUUUAGUUAGCAGUGCAGAACCGGAGUGCUGCAGUUCUGCCCCUGGUCUGGACUCUGCCUGUCCUACCUAUUUGCAGCUCCAGAACAUGACCUGAAAGCUGCUGGAUUUGUGGUUUUCUGCUUUUCCUCUUGCUUUGUGUUCCUCACAGCAGAACACGACCAUCUUUGAUUGGCCCAAUUUCCUCCUUUAGUUAACUUCUGUAUUUCUCAUACAAACCAAUGCUUGUCGUCUCCUUUCGGCUUUCUGUCCCAGCCAGGCUGGGCAUCUCUGCUCAGCUAGAAGAUGUGGUGCUGGGAAUGCUGAUCUUCAUCUGAAGUAAAGGCCAGGUUGGAAGAUCUGUUUGUUACUCUGGACAAUGUCAGAACUAGCUGAGCUCCACAAAACCCUGCCUAAGGGUUUUGCUUUAAGGUAAGGAGCAAUUCAUUAAGAACAGUUCCUGCGUCCGUUGUCCGUCCCCCUCCCCCUGAGAAGAGCUGAAAGCACCUCUUAUGGUCUGAGUAAAGACUAAAGUUAGUCUGGGAUCAAGCAUUGUCCCAACCCAGAGAUCUGGUUGCAGAGCUAGUCCUUACUCUGGAGACCAGUGUAUUGGAAAGGAAGGUCAGGAUUGGUGAGUGGGAAACCAGUUCUGGAAAGCCACGGGAGCAGAUGUAUCCAAGCCAAACAGCAAUCAGGUUCUUGGCUGCCCAGGACUUCUCUGAAGUUGUAGAAGAAUCUUUUCCUGCAUCAGUGGGUGCAUACUGAGUUCUCCUCCUCCUGCCUGAGCUGUUCGCCGUGUGCAGGAGGCAGAGAUGGGGUCCUUGCCCUGUCAGGCUGCUCGCUCUCAGACCCUCAGAAGAGCGGGUGAUAGAUUUUUGAGAUGGCUUUCCCCUUUCUGCCUUGCUAACGUAAUGUCAGGCUUGCUUUCCCCUUCCCUUCUUUGCACUGUUCCUCUGUGGCAGUAGCUCUGAACCUGGUACUCUUCACCCUAGUGACGCGACUUCUCACAGAUCUUGUUUGGCCAAAGCUCAGUUCAAAAAAAAAAAAAAAAACACCACACCAAAACCCCACAAACCAACCCUCAGAGCCUGCUGUACUGAAGUCUCAGCCCGGGGACUUCUGGAGAAUUAUCUGCUGCUCACCUCAUUUCUCUGCCUAAUGUUGAGGAAUAGAUAAGAGACUUCCUUCCAUUAACACUUAAGCUUUAUAUAUAGAGAUAUAUAUACACGAGAAACUCUCCUGGUCUUUUAGGUGUCACAUCACUAUUUAGUUCCCCAAGAAAAGAUUCCCCAGAGGAAGAGUCUUCCAUUUGUGGCCUCCUGUAAAAUGAAGAGACCGGAGGUGACCGAGAGCUGUCACGCUGGGGUGGUGGUGUCUGUACGUUUAUCUGAGGUCUAAGGUGCGUGUGGGGAACAGGUCAGGGAAGAAUCUAAUUAUUAAAUUGAAGAAUAUCGAUGGUCAAAAACUUUUCCCACCAGUUGCACUCAAAUGCAUGCCUACUAUACAGCUGACUGCAAAUGAAAAAUACUGGUUUACUCUUUUUAUUAAAGGAAAAAGACUGUCUUAAUUAUUUAUAGUUCCUAUAACUGGAUUGACAGAUGUCAACUGAUAAAUUAUAUUUGGUUAAAUAAAGAUGACAUUUAUUUA